AUGAGAGUCACUACUGUCACUACUUUCCUAGCUCUUGCCAUAUCCGUUGCUGCGAUGCAGUCAAACAAGAUGACUAUGGCAACUGCCAAGGACCAGUGCACUACUGGUGACAUUGCGUGCUGUGACUCGAAGGAGGCCCUGUCUGCUGACGGUGUUCUGGGUAACCUUCUCGCCAAGGGUGCGAUUAACGGUCUUCUUGGCAAUGAUGAUUCCGCAUGUGCUAAGACUAGCCUACUCGGCGAUGUCAACGUCCUCGCUUCCACCAACGACUCCGAGACCGGACCUGUUUGCAAGAACAUCAUUGCUUGCUGCCCUAAGGGUAAAGGAGAUUGCACUGCUAUCGAUUCCUCGGAGUAA